UGUUGCAGCCACAGCACAAUUUCUCUCUCCUUCAUUUUUUUUUCCUGUCUCCUCUUCCUUGUUGCUCCAAAAAUGGCGAUUCUUCUUCCCUGAUCUAUCUAUGUGUUGAAACAUCCAAGCUCUUUGAACUAUUUUCGGGUCACCAAUUUUUCCAAUUAAUCGGUUCAAUCAAAAGGGUUUUUACCGGUUUAAGAAACAAUUUUCGAUCUCAUAACACUGCUAACAGUUUUCAUCAACAUUUAGUGUUGUGAUGGAUGGAGAUAAUGGUCUUAACAUAAGCAAUUGGGGAUACUAUGAACCUGUUUCGUCUUUUAAGAGUCAUCUUGGGUUACAACUUAUGCCAUCAAUGCCUGAAAAGCCUCUGCUUGGAAGUCACAAUGCAGCGGUUUUGUCGGGUUCUAACGGUCCAUUUCGUAAUAGGGAUAUCGGGUUACCACAAACUACCUACCCUAUGGAUUAUAUGAGGGAUGCAUGGAUCAGUAGUCAGAGGGAUAAUAAGUAUAUGAAUAUGAAUAUGAUACCUACUAACCCUCCGGGUUAUAGUAGUAUUCCCGAGGCAUCUUCGGCUCAUCCUAUUCAAAUGAUUCGGCCACCUGAAUUGGUUAAGGAAGAAAGGCCAACGGAGGAGGCACCUGUGGUUGAGAAGUCGAAUGGAACUGGUAAGAAGAGGCAAGGGCCGAAGGUGCCUAAAUCUCCCAAGGCAAAGAAGCCUAAGCGAGGACCUCGUGUGCCGAAGGACGAGAAUUCUCCUUCGGUUCAACGAACGCCGAGGGCUCCGAAGAAAACUACUGAAAUUGCAAUUAAUGGAAUUGAUUUGGAUAUUUCGAGUAUUCCAAUUCCUGUUUGUUCGUGCACUGGAACACCUCAACAGUGUUACAGAUGGGGAUCGGGUGGAUGGCAAUCUGCAUGUUGCACAACGGCUAUAUCAAUAUAUCCUUUACCUAUGAGUACUAAACGGCGUGGUGCUAGAAUAGCCGGAAGGAAAAUGAGUAUAGGAGCAUUUAAGAAAGUUUUAGAGAAACUUGCGGCCGAGGGUUAUAACUUUUCUAAUCCAAUUGAUUUGAGGACUUACUGGGCAAAACAUGGCACCAACAAGUUUGUUACUAUCAGGUAGGUCUAUUCCAAUUGUCAACUGGCCUCUGAUUUAGUUCAACCUGUUUGUCAUGUAUAUAUGUGUAUUUGGCCAGAAACUGAGGCUUCUUAGCUGGUUUGUAGUAGGAGAAUUUUUCGAAGUCAUGAGACUUUUCCUUUUUCUCGUCUAACUCUUUGCAAUGUUGAUUCGCUUCUUUGGAUUUAGUGCAUGGAAGUUUAAUCUUUAGUUUGGUUGGUCGUGAUAGGUAAUUAACAUACGGGAUCUUUUAUUACUGUUCUGCUGGAAAAAAAAUUAUCUGUUCAUAAUGUUGCUACCAAUUCAGUUUUGCUUCCAACAAAAUAUGUGACCAUAGUUUUUGAGCA